CCGGACCUCAGGCUGUUUUCCCUCCUUUACAACGAAACGACCAGCUGUCGUCGUCGUCGCUGUCGUCUGGCCAGAGCGACGCCGCCGCCCGUCAUCGUCGCAGGCACAUAUUCGUCUUCCCAUCCAACCUCGUGCAUCUGCAACUCUUUUGCGACCUCCCGAUCUUGCGUCCCCUCAGUCCGUCCUCGAGCCGCCGCCGACCCGAGUCUGAGCCGAGCAAGAGCGCACGGCGCCUCCGUCACCAACGCGCGCGCGCGCGCUAUUAACCGCCCCAAAUCACGACCGACGAACCACGCCCAGCGUGUUGCGCGACGAACAGAAACGACGAAGAGCAACAGCGCCCACAGGUGCAAAGACCGGCGGAAACCCCACUCCCACAAGGAACGACUACUAUCCGAAAACAACACCUUCACCACCAACCACUACCACUACCAACAGCAACAGUAACAGCAAGAAAGACACGUUGCGAGCGCAAGCGCAAAAAGAAAGCGAGGGAAAAAAAUAUAUAUAAAAUACGCAAAAGAGGGCCAAGCCAACCCGCAGCAACACAGCCGUCAUGGCGUCCUCCUUCGUUACCGACCUGUGGGAGUCCAUCUUCACCCCAGGCCCCACGCCGCCCCUCCUCCGCGCCGCAAACGCCUCCUUCGCCGCGCUGCAGCUCGUCCUCGCCGCCAUGCUCUACGCCACCGGCAGCCUGCACUGCGUCGUCCUGUCCGUCCUCUGCGCGGGCCUCUGGUGGGCCGUCAACUGGUUCGCCGCGGAGCUGGCCGUCGUGCAGCGCGAGCAGAAGCGCCGCCAGGACGACGAGGGGGAGAAAAAGGAGAAGAAGAAGGACGGCGACAAGGAUAAGAGGUGGCGCGGCGGCGGCGGCGGCAGCAACGACGACAGGACGGACAGGAAGAGGGACGCCGGCGCCGGCGGCGUGGACGAUAGCAGCGACACAGAGGUCGAGACGGGGAGGGCGCGCACGAGGGGCGGCACCAAGGCUGCCGCCAGUGCCGCCGCCGCAAGCCCCAGGAGGGAUCAGCAGACGAGCGCGGAGCUCAGGCAGAGGGUCCCGGCCCCCGUGGCGGGCGGCGUGUCGCCCUCGGGGACGCAGUCGAGCGCGAGCACCGAGGAUGAGUGGGAGAAGGUGUCUGGGAGCGAGCGCGAGGGCAAGAGCCAGGAUGAAUAAAGUAGAGUACAGUAUGUAUAUAGAGCAAGGAGAGGUCGGCGCGCAGAACUAAGCUACCGUCAAGGCCAAGUCGUUUGGAGAUGCACGCGGAAAACAGAGGCGCGGAGAUACCCCUGAAUGCUUGGAGCGCGUACCUGCGUCGAAGCGUGGGAGCACACGUGGGUGCCGCAUCUGCACAUGGCUGUCACAGGCGCGAGUUCAGUAGUGCCCGAUAUCAGACCGUGAUCAUCAAGAG